CCCAACCACACUACAAAAUUUGAGUGCUGUCCAACCGUACAUGUAAUUUCCAAACGACCUUUAAGUUUGCAUCAUUCAAUAAGCUCUCCCAUUCCAUCUCCUUUUGAAAACGAGAAAAAAUUAGAAGAGAAAAUUAAUACGCCCCGAAGAAAAAGCAAAAUUCUGUCUCCAUGUUCGACACUCUCUGUUUUCUUCUUCUUCUUCUUCUUUGCAGAUUUUCUCUAGCUCAGGCCCUCACCUCACCGCAGGACAUUGCAGCUCUCAAAGCCUUCAAGGCCUCCAUCAAGCCGAGUUCAAUCCCGUCAUGGUCCUGCCUUGCUUCGUGGGACUUCACCACCGACCCUUGCUCCAUCCCUCGCCGGACCCACUUCAUCUGCGGCCUCACCUGCUCGCCUGACUCAACUCGUGUCACCCAAAUCACUCUUGAUCCAGCUGGUUACUCGGGCCAACUCAACCCACUCGUUUCCCAACUCACACAACUUACCACUCUUGAUCUUUCUGAUAACAACUUCUUUGGCACGAUACCUCCUUCCAUUUCUUCUCUCCCUAGUCUCCAAAGUUUGAGUCUUAGGUCCAACUCGUUCUCUGGCUCAAUCCCUGACUCAGUUGCUAUCAUCAAAUCUCUUGAAUACUUGGACCUUUCUCAUAAUUCUCUGUCUGGGCCUUUGCCAAAAACACUGAACUCGCUUUCUAGUUUGAGGAGAGUCGAUCUGAGUUACAACAAACUCACUGGUUUUUUACCAAAACUGCCAUAUAACUUGCUAGAGCUUGCUUUAAGGGGGAAUUAUUUAGCUGGGUACAUCUCAAAAUCCUCUUUUGAUGGGUUGACUCAGUUGGAAGUUGUUGAACUCAGUGAAAACUCGUUCACCGGGACACUGCAAUCUUGGUUCUUUCUGUUACCGUCAUUACAACAAGUAGAUUUAGCCAAUAACAGCUUCACACGCAUCGAGAUCUCGAAGCCCCCCGGUGGUAACAGCGACCUUGUGGCUGUUAAUCUCGGGUUCAACAAGAUAGAGGGAAACGUCCCCGCGAAUUUCGCUGACUAUCCUCUGCUGUCAUCUUUGUCGUUGCGUUACAAUCGUUUACGUGGCGCCAUCCCAUUGGAAUACAGCAAGAACAAGUCAUUAAGGCGGUUGUUUCUGGACGGGAAUUUCUUGAUUGGAAAACCUCCGUCUGAGUUUUUCGCCGGUGACACAUCGGUUUCCGGUAGCUUGGGGGACAAUUGCCUACAGGGAUGUCCAGGAUCUUCUCAGCUAUGCACUCCUUCACAGAAAUCUUACGCAGUUUGCAAGCAAGCUUACGGUGGAAAACCAAGGUCUUAAUGUCGGAUUCGUCGGUCAAUGUUUUUCAUUUUUUAAUUACCUAAUAUUAGCAGUUUGUAAUAGAAAUAUAUACAUUUUUUAUUUUGUAGCGAGCGAAGGAUUUAUUAGUAUGUAUGUACAUAUGGGAUUAAAAAAAAUAAUGAGUGGUGUCAGGUAUAGUGAUGAUCCCUUCAGUUUGAAGUAAAAGUGAUGUUGAUCUCC